AUGAGAGAGAUGAGCUCCAUCGGCCGUGCUAGUGAUUGUUGGUUGUUUCGCAGCUUGGCUUUCUUUGAUUCCUUACAAGAAGAGGGGCUCGUCCAAGGAUGCGAGCUUGAACGCAAUUGCAAUCACUACAACGUUGAUGACCGGGCUGAUAAGGGCAGUGCGAGGUUGGUGCCAGUGAAAGGAGAGAUUGUUGAGACGCGGUUCCAAUUUCGAUUGUUGCGGAGGCCGGAGGCUCCCAGGGGUACUGUGUUGAUCAACGCCAUGUUAUUUGUUCUGUGGGCUGCCUUAUGGCUUUGUUCUCGUUUAAUCUCGCCAUCUUCCGCCGUCCUUGAGGUUUUCGAGGUAUAUCAGCCUGUUUCUUCCCAAAACCAUAAUGAUACUUCUUGCAACGAGGAGAUUCUGCUCUUGAACCACGUAUUUGGUUACAGUUAUGGGCAGCCGUUUGUUGGUAAAACCAUCUGGUCCCACUGGUCCAUGCACAGCUGCGAAUUUGAUACGGUCCGCAUCAACCUCACGGUCACUUCCAAGGGUCGACAGUUCGACCGGCUAGCACAUUUGUGGCUCGGGGAUAUUGAAGUAUUUCGAACAUCGACUGCAGAACCUACAGCGGAUGGAAUUAUUUGGUCCUACGUCAAAGAUCUGUCACAGUAUAAGGUGCUGUGGCAGGAGCCACAAAAGCUCAUAUUCGAUCUAGGGAAUUUGAUUGACGAUACAUACACUGGUUCUUUUAAUGUGACUUUGAUGGCUCGAUUUUCGCAUGAGAAGAAUGUUAGAUUAGCAGACAUCGUUUUGCCAAUUUCUACGCGGAGCUCGGUACUCAAUCUGUCGAGCGCAUUCAACAUCCCUUCGCAGAGGGCAGAGGUGUCUUACAGGUUUGACUCACGAGUUUCUCGUGCGCUUGUGUCAAUCUCCGCGUGUGGCCAGUCCACGGAGGAGUUUUGGUGGUCCAAUGUGUUUUCGUCCGACACAAGGACCUUUGACAGUACAGUUGGUGAGCUUUACGGACACUCACCGUUCCGUGAAAUCCAGCUCCACAUCGAUGGAAUCCUUGCUGGCGUGGUCUGGCCUUUCCCAAUUAUAUUCACGGGUGGCGUAUCUCCGGGGUUCUGGCGCCCGAUUGUUGGAAUCGAUGCAUUCGAUCUGAGGAUGCCAGAGAUCGAUAUCUCGCCCUUUCUGCCCCUUCUUACAGAUGGCUCUUAUCAUUCCAUUGAGGUCAGGGUGGUGGGACUAGACAUCUCACUUAAUGGAACUGCUACAUUUUCCAACGAGGUUGGCUCAUACUGGGCUGUCUCAGGGAACAUAUUUCUUUACUUAUCCGACGGCAGCGCUGAGCAAUUGCCUACGUCGGCCGGCCCGGGGCAAAGGCCUGACAUCGUAGCGCCCACGCCCACUUUUACUACUACGAGAUAUCUUGAACAAAACAGUAUUGGCGGAAACUCGUCCCUGAAAUACUCGGUACUGGCGGAAAGAUUCAUUGCAAUCAGGUCUCCUGACUUUCUAUGGAGCCAGAACCUUUCUUUCUCGAACGUUGGCCUUUUCAAUCAACAGGGCCUUAGCCAGAAGAAUGUGCAGCGUACAUCAGCGACGAUUUUGUUCGGCCCGCUGGGGGUUGGCGACGACGUCGACGAACUCAGCUUUGAUUAUCCGUUGACUGUAAAUACAACCUACGGCGACUUAGAUGGCGGCCUCACCAUCGACGCUUGGAUGCGGAGGGGACUCAGAAUUGACUCGAGUGGCGUACCCGGUAUUUCUACUUACACCUUUACUUCGGGCCCAUUACACCUGGACAUAUCGCAAUGCGGUCAAUCGUCUUAUCAGUCGACGGCAGACAAUAGUAACUCGACUUCUUCCGGGGAUACGAGAACUGUUAUUCGGAGCGAUGCUGGAGCGAUUGCCUAUCGACGUACACCAUUGGUGGAAACUCUGCCCCGGACGUGGGUCGGACUAGAUGGGUUAGUUCUAGUAAGCUCACUUAUCAUCACGUGA